UCUCAAUUACAUUCCCUUCUGAACCAGUUGUGCAAGUUUCACACCAACCUGAAACUCUGUACUUGCUCUUCCUUGGAUCACUUGUCAUUGAAAAGGAGCCUCCCUCGAAGCCCAGCUUUCAGCGAGAGUUGGACCUUGCCGUGUUCACGCACAUACAGACACACACAAGUCUGCGUAUCUGCAAGUGGGUGUUUAUCCAAGAAAAAGGCAGGGAGAUAUCAUAAAAGGCAGAGUUGGAGUAACAAGGAUUCGCUGGCCGUCAGAGUCAACACUCUGGCAACAUGUUCUCGAAAAAGAACACAUUUAAGAUCGCCCAGAGCAGCAAGACAUCGAGUGAGUUGCCUGUGCUGAUUUCCCGUAUGCAGAAGAAUGGCGACCAGGUGGAAAGGGAUAUUCUGGAUACAGAGGAAAAAUUGCGAGCUGAUACUAUAAAUUACCAGAACAAACGCCCAUUCAAAUACGAGUCUGUGAACAAUGAAAAUCUGGCUCGGUCAGAGGGACUGCUUAAGGAUCUUUUUCUGGAUGCAGACAAGGCAAAGAAGCUGAAACAUCCCCAGGCAUCCGAUAUCGAACUUGAUAUCAAGAGAAUGCAUGAGCGUUGGGCUAAACAGUGCUCAGCUUAUCGAGACCUCUACGAGAAGCUGCAAAUUCCCAAAGGAGACAAUUCUGUGGACUGGUCUGACAUCCUGGCACAGAAACAGAGGGAAGUCAAUAAUGGCGGAUAUGGACCACAGUUGUCAGAGCUGGAGAGACAGAUUGCAAGUCACCACAUUCUGAGCAAAGAGAUCGAAGCUUACAGCCCGCAGAUCAACAGCCAGUCCAUCAAAGACACGAAGGAGCUCAAUUCUGUCCAGAAGCAAUACAAGAACCUGGUGGAAUCCACUAAGCUGCGAGAGCACCAACUGGACAGUCUCUAUGACUACAUGCAGAACUGCACCAAACAGCUGGUCCUCCUGAAUGACCAACAGGAAAAGAUCAUCAAGGAAGACUGGAGUGAUAAAAUGCUGGUGCCAGAGGAGGUCCGCAGGCAGUACGAGAGCUUUAAAGACAACGGGCUGUUGGAGGAAGAAACAGCGGUUAAUCGGAUUCAGGAUGACGGGGAGAGAUUGAUCAAACUGAAACACCCUGGCAGUCCAACAAUUGAGGCCCAUAAGGAUGCUGUGAAGAAUGAAUGGCAACAGUUUCUGAAUCUCUGCAUCUGCCAGGAGGCACACCUGAAGAACGUGGAGGAUUACAAGAAGUUCCAGUAUGACGCAGACACCCUUGCUCAGUCCAUUAAAAAGCACAAUACAGAUCUGGAUAACAAGUUCUCAAAAUACAACAGGGAUAAUCCUCGUCUCGUGUCUGACCUGCUUCACCAGCUGGAGAAUGACGAAAAGAAUAUCAUCCAAAUGGACAAAGAUAUCAAUGAUUUGAAGAGGCGGAGCCAGCAGAUUGUGCCACUAAAGGCUCGGCGUACCCCAGUCUCUAAACCCCUGCAGGUGGACACCCUGUGUGACUGGGUUGAUGGCCAGAACGACGUAAACCGAGGUGAAAAGAUGAUCCUUCAGAACAAUGCCGACAGUGAGAACUGGGUGGUGGUGAGCAGCGACAAACAGACCAAACGUGUCCCCGGAGUCUGCUUCAACAUCCCUCCACCUGACCCAGAGGCUACGGCUCGUGUAACCAGGCUGGCAAAGGAUUUAGACGAUUUGAAGAGGAAACGGUCAGACACUGAGAACAAUCUGAGAAACCGUUACAAUGAGUUGAACCAAAUGAAGCAACCGUAUGCAAACAAACAGAGCAUCUUGCUGAACCAGUCUGCUUCACCAGGCUACAGCCCUGCCUCAGCCAAGGAUGACCCCCGGAGUAAAGAGCUCCUGUCCAAACUGGACAAGAUUCACGGAGACUUGGGAGAGGCGGAGAAAGAGAUCAUCACCCAACUGCGUGUACCGAUCAACCAAAGUGCUCCCAACAAGGACAUCACCAAUCGCCUACGGGAUCAUGAGACCACAAACAAGUGCUUGCAGAAGAUUGGAGCAGAGAAGGACUCCGUACAGCAAGAGUGUGAGUCGUUCCUCUCAAAAAAACCCGCAGAUGCCUCCUCAUCGCAGCUUCCAACCAAACUGAACAAUGUGAAGAAUAAGUACAAGGAUGUCACCUCACUGGCUGAACAAUACCAGAACAAAGCCAAGAGUCAGCUGGAAUUGGAAAACAGUAUUGAGAAAGUCGACGAAGCCCUCAAGAAAAUUGAAUCUGACCUGGCCAAUGACUCAGUGAUUCCUGAGAGUCCGAAUGCCAUGCAGCAGAGGAAGACUGAGCUACAGAGAUUGAGGCGGGACCUAAACAACAACCAGGAGAAACUGCAGAAGAUGAACCAGGACAUGAAAAGGACUGAGGACAGCUGCAAACCUCUGGAGCUCAACUUCCAGGAAUACUGCCCUGACAUCAAGAAACAACAGGCCGAGGUGCAGAAGCUGAAUAAACGCUUUCAGAAUGCAAGUGACCAGCUCGACCUGAGAGAAGACAUGCUUCAGAAUGCUGACACAACGUACCAGCGUUAUAAAACUGCUCAUAAAGAACUCAAUACCUGGAUGAGUAAACUUCCUAACAACGAAGUGAAGCCCACUGCCAGCCUAAACGAAGUCAACGCCAAACUCGAAUCUCAGAAGAGAGUAGUGGACGACAUCAAAAAGAAGGAACUGGAAAAGGAUGCUCUCAUUAAUCUCUCCGAUGACCUACAUGCGACCCUGAAGGAUUACGAAGCUAACAACGACAAAUAUCGAGCCUCAUUGGACCCUGCCACUGGCGCAUCUAAUGUGAAAAAACUGAGGACCCAGACCCUGCAAGACAGCAUCAAUGAACAGGAGAAGGACACAGUUAAACGCUUUGCUGAAGUUUCCUCAUCCAAUGAACAAUUACUCAACCAGCUGGAUUUUGUGGCGAAAGUUAAGCGAAAGCAACAAGAAAGCCCAGUGAACGAAGUGGUCUCGCAAACAAACGUGCAGUCACAAAACACACUGUUCGCUCGGAAAGGUACUGACCUGCAAAGCCAGAUUAAAGAAGAAGAGAAAAAGACCAAGUUAACAGAAGCUACUCUACAGCAGCACACCAAAAGGCUUAGUCUCUUAAAGUCACAAAGACCUGUGGACAGAACAGAAGAGAAGGAAGUGGUGGAGUAUUACAGGGACCCCAAGGUUGAAAGCAACCUCACUGCCUUGCGGAACAAAAUCCAUGAAUUGAGGAAACAAAGAAAAGGAACAGAGGAUGACAUCAACUCCACAAAGGAGAAAAUCAGCCAAUUGGAAGAUGAGGUAAGAAACGCCAAAACUGGCCAGGUCAUCAAGGAGGUGAAAAAAAUCGAGAGGAACCCUGCACUGGAUGUCGAAGCUGAAAAUCUACGCAGUGAGAUCGACACUCUGAGAAGAGAGAAGCAAAUCACCAUUGGCGACUGGGACCGACUGACCAGACAGGUCACCGUCCUCGAGCAGAAACCGGUCAACGUCAAAGAAAAGGUGGUCACGGUGGAAAAGGUCAAGGUGGAAAAGGACCCAGUUAUGCUGAAGGCUUCGCGAAGUCUCCAGAAUGAGAUUGAAGAUGAAAAUCUGAAGAGGCAGUCCCUGAUUGAGAAGAUACGCCUCAUAAGAGCCCAGAUUGAGACUCUGGAGAAGAAAACAGGGAAGACUGAUCCUAAGGUCUUGAUCAAGGAGAUCAAGAAGGUAGAAAGUGAUCCACAACUGGAGAAAGAUUUGGCCAAACUCCAAACCCUUUACAAGGAAGAGUGUCAGGUUAAUAGUGAGCUCGAGGAAGAGCUGAGGGAUCUGCAGACGAAAUACAGAAUCAUCGCUGACCAGAAACCCAAAGUCGAAAUGAAGGAGAUAGUCCGUGAGAAUUUCUGUGUCCUUCCAGAAACAGAGCAAGAGAUAGCAAAGUUAAAGAAGGAAAUUCGAGAAACUGCAAAGAGAAGGGGAGAUGUGGAGAUGGAGAUCACCAUCGCACAGGGAGAUCUGGAAGUCCUCAAGGAUAGGAAACCUCAAAUCCAGUACAAAGACAUCACCCAAGAGGUUGUGAAGCUUCAAAAGAGCCCAGAAAUGCUCAAAGAGAUAGAUCAGCUCAAACGCCAACUGCCUCAAAUGGACGACGACUACAGCGACCUGCAAGGCAAGAUUAAACGGUUGAAGACAGAACGAGAUGAAUGGCGGAAGGAGAAGUCUAAGAUCGAGACCAAAGUAGUGACCAAGGAAAUCACAAAAUACGAAGACGAUCCGAUUCUGGAGAAAGAAAUGGUUCGCCUCCGGAAAUUAGUCCGUGAGGAAUCAGAGAAACGACGGAAUAUCGAAUCGCUGGUCUUUGACCUGCAGAACAUGUAUUCACAGCUGCAAAGGCAGAAACCAGAAGAGAAGGUCGUUGUUAAGGAAAUGGUUCGUUUGGAGAAGGAUCCCAAACUGGCCAUGGAGCAUAAUAACCUGGGCAAAACCUUGGAUGAAGAACGCCAACAGAGGCGCAACCUCGAGCGGGAGGUUCAGCACCUCAAGGCGUUAGUGGAGGAUAAAGAGACAGAGCUGAAUCUCGAGGAAGAGAAGGGUAUCCGGCAGCAAGUGGAGAAUGAGGCCAGGCACAUCAAAAACAGGAUAACUGAGUUACAAUCGAACCCUCCGCCAAUGGAAGAGCAGAUUGUCACUGAAGAAGUCCUUAAAGUGGAAAAAGACCCAUUACUUGAAAAACUAGCCAGGAGCCUGCGUCAGCAACUGGACCAAGAAAGGAAUAAAGCUGCGAACCUGAGCAAAGAGAUUAAAAAAGUGCAACUCCAAUUGGAGAUAUUGCACAAGGAGAAAUCCAAGGAGAAGCUCAUCUGCAGAGAAGUGAUCCGCAUCGAGAAAGACAAGGCUUUGGAGCAAGAACGGGCCCGAGCUCGGGACUUAUACAACAAGGAGAAGAACGCCCGGCUGGAUCUGGAGGAGGAAAUUAGACGGAUUAAAGACCGGAACGAGAAAUUGGAAGACUUGAUGACAUCGCGGUCGCGGGUGGAAUCUGAGCUGAGGCAGGCCAGGGACGCCGCACUCCGUGAGAGGGCCUCCCUGGAGGAAAACCUGAAGAAUCUUGAGGCGGAGAAACAGCAGAAGAACUUGAUGCAUGAUGAGGAAUUCAAACGCCUGAGCCAGCACCAUGAGAAAACGAAGCAGAAGAAACAUGAGCUGGAUGCUAAGCUGGCCUGGAUAGAGAGAGAGAUCAUCAAGGAGAAGGAUAGAAUUCAUGAGAAGGAGUACACCAUCCGAGACCUUGAGUCACAGCUCAGCAGGGAAGAGGCUCGUCACCAAGACUUGAAGAUGAGAGAAACCAAUUUGUCGACAAAGAUAUCCAUAGUGGAUCCAGUUACUGGGGAGGAUUUAUCACCCUAUGAAGCUUACAAACGGAACAUAAUCGACAGGGCACAGUACAUCCACCUUCAGGAGUUGGAAUGCGACUGGGAAGAGAUUUCCACUCACGGUCCAUCAAGGGAAACCAGUGUCCUUCGAGACAAGAAAAGCGGGAAGCAGUAUUCCAUUGAAGCUGCCUUAAAAGACCGGAGAAUCACUAAAGAGGAGCUGCAACUUUACAGGGAAGGAAAGCUUCCAAUAUCAGAGUUUGCUCUGCUCGUGGCAGGUGAAGAGAAACCAACUUCAUUGAAGAUAGGCUCGUUAAAUGCAGCACCACCAAUCAGUCCCACGUAUCAAACAUCAAACUAUUCCAGCCCAGGCUAUGCCACUUACAGAGCCCAUACUGACAGGGAUCAGCUCCCCAUAGCUGGAGUCUAUGAUAACACCACUGGCUCACGGCUGUCCAUCACAAACGCCAUGAACAAGCAGUUACUAGAUGUCAUCACUGCUCAAAAGCUGCUGGAAGCACAAGCAGCCACAGGAGGGAUUAUUGAUGUGGUAACCAGGGAGAGGUGCUCGGUUCACAAGGCCAUGGAGAGGAAUCUCGUGAGCAAAACCCUUCACAAACGGCUAAUUAAUGCUCAAAAGGCCUUCACUGGCUUUGAAGACCCUGUCACUAAAGAGCGUCUCUCCGUAGGGGUGGCUGUCCAGAAGGGUUGGUUACCCACAGAAAGUGCGCAGCAGUAUCUGGAGGCCCAGUACCUCACCGGGGGCCUCGUGGAUCCCAACCAUUCAGGACGCGUGUCCCUCACAGAUGCUCUGAAGACGCAAAUGAUCGACAGCAACAUCACCCGGAUGCUGCAGGACGAAGCCAACUAUCCCAAGAAUCUUACUGACCCGAUUACAAAGGAGAAAGUCCACUACAAAGAGCUAAUGAAUCGCUGCCAGAGAGAUGAAGUCUCUGGCCACCUGCUUCUUCCAGUCAACUCAGAGCCUGGUCAAUAUUCCAACUAUGAAUCAACAAGCUUGUUUGAUAACAGGUCCCAUUACUCACCAUAUUACAAUGCAUACUAAUCACUGCCUAUAGAUACCGCUGAGUGUUAUUCUUGUCUUUUCUAAUCAUUUGUAGGCUCAACUUCCUGUUUGUCACUCAAGUUCUUGAUCUCCUUGCAUACUCUCCAAUGGGUUUUAAGGCUAUCCUACUCAAAUCUUGUUUACUUUUAUAUUUAAAGGUAGACGUAGAUUAUAAAGGGGAUGUUAAUGUUCUGUCAUUUUCUCUUUACUGCAAUGCAUUUCUUCAUUAAGUAUAUAGAGAUCUGUAAGGAGCAGGAUGUGAAUCGUUAUGUCCUAAAGAGUUUGUUUUAUUAUGGCACAACUGUUUGAAUAAACAAACAUGUGAUUAA